GUGUGUGAGGAUGGAGCAGCAAAUCUGAUCCGGUCAGCUGGAGCCAGCAGAGUUCCUCCUGAGCCCCUCAACAAACCCCUCUGACCUCUCCGGACCGACCCGUCUGCACCAUGAAGCUCUGGGUGGUGCUCGGCAUGGCUCUGCUCUGGGUGGAGCUCCAAAAUGGGUCCUGCCAGCAGAUCAAACGUAGAAAAGAUAUAGGAGCGAACCGCAUCCGCCCUGGGGGGAAGAGGGUGAAGGUACGAAAACUAAAAGAGGUAGCAGGGAAAGGCCAGACCCUGCUGACCCAGGUUCUAGAAAGGGGACGCUUCCUGCGCCUGGGCCAGAGCACCAGCCUGACCCCAGGGAGGAACAUGGAGCUGCGCUGCAAAGGCAACUCCAUCGGGUGGUCCUACCCCCCCUACCUGGACACCUUCAACGACUCCCGCCUCAGCAUCAAGCAGAGCGACAAGUACAGUCAGCUGAUCCUGACGGUGCCCUCUGCUGCCGACACGGGGCCCUACAGCUGCUGGGUGAUCGUCUGUGAUGGCACCGAGUGUGAGAGGGACCACGACCGAUCAUACGUCUCAUACAUCUAUUUCACAGACAAAGACAACCUCUUCGUCCCCUCGGCCUUCCACUUUGAGAUCGUGUACCUGCGCCCGGACCGGCCGGCCGUGGUGCCGUGCCGCGUGACCGACCCGCAGGCCGAGGUGUCCCUGCACAGAGAGGUCCCUCCAGAGGAGAUCACGGCCAACGGGACGCAGAUGACCUACGACCCCAGCAAGGGCUUCGUCCUGCAGAACCCCAGCCCCGAGCAACAGGGGGUCUUCUACUGCAAGGCCGUGACCAAGGGCACCCCCCAGAUCUCCACCAAGUACCAGCUGCUCUACGUGGAGGUUCCUAGCGGGGCACCAUUGGUCAGCCUCGAAGUCUCUCCGGAAUCUGUGACAGGCGGAGACAACGUCAACGUGACCUGCACGGUGCUGGGGGAGCCGGAGGGGGACGUGAGCUUCACCUGGUCUUAUCCUGGUCAGGACCACCGCCCAGUUCACAUCCACACGUCCUUGAGGCUGGUCCACAGAGGGAUGAGCCACACCACCAGGGUCUCCCAGAGCGUCCUGACUGUCGAGGACCUGGAGACCAUCGACUUUGGGAACUACAUCUGUAAAGCCAAGAACCAGCACGGAGAGACCAGUGUGAUGACCAACAUCCUCUCCAAGUAGCCCUGGAGGCUGCGCAGAGUCAUGUUGGAUGUGAGUGUGUUGUGAGGUAUAACUGGAACACACCCACCAGUGAGACCCCAUCAGAUGUCAUGUAUAUACAUAAGGAAGGGAGUGUUUUUACUUUGCAGAUCGUUAUUACAUAAAGAUUUGCUACAUAUUA